AUUAGUAAAGUGUAACCUUGAAAAAGUAGAGGUGUUAAAGGUGAAUUAUCCCAAUGCAGCUGAUAAAAGUAAUAUUUUCUCAGUUUUGGGGGAAAAACAAAUCGUGAUUUCAGGGAUAAAGAUCAAUCUCUUCUCCUAAUUCAGAAAUAAUCAUCCAAAUCCAAAAAGACAGAAACCCAUAGUUGACAGUCCAAAACCAACAUAAACCCACAAGGCCAAAUCCCAUGAGCUUCAAGAGCAAGACCCACUUCUCCUAGAACACUUACUCAAGCAGAGCAGCCCAUCAAGUCAACGCCGCUAAUUCCAGUUCUGGUCUGUCUGGACAGGGCAAGCUUUCUCUUCAGUUCUAGUGUAAAAUCAUAAAAAAUCAGAUGGACAACUCUGAUAUCUCUAAGCAGUUGGAGAACAUUAGAGCACGGAUACGCAGUGUGUACAACAUUGGACAGUCAUCCAACCCUAGUAGAGAAGAUAAGAACCAGGGGUACACAGGAUCUGAAAAAUAUAAUGAUAUUAACUCGGAUGCUCUAGUAGUAUCUAAAGAUGAUUUCUUAGAUAAUGAAUGGGCUGACAGACCUGCUGUUAGACUGACAACAUUAACAGAUCAACAAGUAUGUCAGCUGGGAAGGUUUCUAUUGCAUUCUUUACAGACAAGGAUAUCCAAACAAGGUGUUGCAGUCAUUUUUGUUUUAGCAUUCCAUUUGAGAGCUCCAGGAGUAGGAUCCACUGAAAGAAUGUUUGAAGCUACAGAUCCACAUAGUAAACCGUCUGAUAGAGAGUAUAGUGACUUUGAAGAUGUCCUAGUACCCACAAGAGAAUCAAUUCAAGCAUCAGAGCGUGGAGAUGUAGUAGAGAAUGCCAAAGCGUACUCAUUCUUAGCUGCAUCAAUGCUCCGAUUGUUCACACGAUCCUCUGAAAACUAUUGCCCAGCUUGGAAUCACAUUGUCAAUGGAUUUAAAACUUUUUACGUUCGUCAUUGUCCUGUUACUAAAAUUGUUCCUAAAGCAGAGGUGAUCCAGGCCAUCCAUGUACAUUUUGCUUGUGAUAUAUUCAAAGCUACAUUAUACAGAUUGUUAUAUAUGUCUAACUCAAAGCCCAGCAAUGAUAGUCUCAAGGGAUUUCUGUAUGAUAACCAUCUGUCUCACAAUGGUAUGCAUAUCGUUUCAAUAUUCUGUAGGCUCCGUGAUGCUUUAAAUUGCAAUCCUGAUAUUUUGUUAAAGGCUAUACGGGCCCCACAAUUUGACCGGCAGAUUCAAGCUCUGGUGAAAAUUCUUGGAUACAUGAAUGAAGAAGUAGGUCAACAUGAGAGGCAGAUGUGGAAAUAUGGGAGAAUUUUUGAUGAAAAAUUCAUGUCUGUAUUACAGACAAAAGCAUGUCCUAAAUUGGUAAUGAUGUUAGCUGCUGCUCUUCAACAAGAAAGACCUGAAGGAGCAGAGAAUAUUCUAAAAAUCAAACAACUUGAAGAUGUGAGUGAGGAAAAUAAAAAGAAAUGUAUUAUGGUUGCCGAAGCUUUGAGAAAGAUGAUUAAAUCCUCUCACAAACAAACAGCCUGAUUCAUCGUCUGCAAUUGAGACCUCAAGUUGAAGAGGAUGAUUGGUGGAGGUCAUGAAUGGGAUGGUCUUUAUUACCUUAGUUGAGCUUCUGCAAGUGGUAGUCUUAAAAGCAUUACAAACAGGGGCGUCACCUCAUUAGUGGCACUAUUGUCUCUUUAGUCUUAUUGUGGGAUUAAACAUCAAACCUCUCGUGGCUACUCCUUAACAAAACUUCGGUUGCAUAACGAAAAGAGAGACAUUUUGUUGAAGUUUCAAGGACUAUUAUGCUUCAAUUGCAUCUUCUUGAACAUUUGUUAGGGGAUGCCAUUCUUAGUACUGCAUGUUAUCUUAUUUACUCUGAUGACUUCCUCUAUUAGUGGCGUAAUUCCUCAUUUUGUUCUAUAUCCUGGUAAGCCUUUGUUUUCUCAUUUGAUGUUUGGCUUUGUAUGUUUUGUCUAGGUCUUUACUCUAGGACAUAGGUUGAUUCCUAGUCCUAGGGCCAUCAAGUGUGUCUUUCAUGGUUAUUCCAAAACUCAGAAAUGAUGUAACUGAGAAUCCUUAGUCUUAAAGGAAUGUUAUGAGUGUAGAUGUUACCUUGUUUGAAGGUACACUCCCUUCUCUUCUGGAAUGUCAUUGCAUAUUAUUGUUGUUCUCUA